UGACAAGCGAGAAGGGAAAAGUUCGCGAAUUUAACCCUAAAAAACACGCUCGCCCACGCUCCACCUUAUCAUGAUAUGCUAAUUGAACCCACUCUGAUGAAUCCCAGUGCAAUAAUUCUCCCACUGCAAUAGGAAACGAGGAUGGAAAGUGUCACGUUCACGGACAACGAGACCAAGUACUUCGGGGAUCUCUUUACUCACUUGGAUAGCGAAGGAUCAGGGAUUAUUCCGGUGAAUCAGGUCCACGAGUUCCUCAGGGCCUCCAAGCUUUCGCCCGAAGUCCUCAGCCAGUAAAUGAUGAGCACCGGCAGUUAUUAGGUACGGAAGAAGACUCGUCUGAGCGUCACUCCUCUGAUGAUGAAGAUUACGAUGUGUGGACCAUAAAUGAGGAGCAGCGACAGUAUUACACGGAACAGUUUCGAUCUAUGCAGUCUGAUCUCACAGCGCUGUUGUCUGGAACAGCUGCCAAAGAAUUUUUUGAAAAGUCAAAAUUACCGGUUAAUGAAUUAAGUAAAAUAUGGCAACUAGCAGAUGUCACAAGGGAUGGAGCACUUUCCUUAGAAGAAUUUUUCACCGCCAUGCACUUGGUGGUUUUACGAAGAAAUAAUAUAGAACUUCCAGAAUCUCUCCCACCUUCACUUUUUCCACAAAUGCAGCGGAAGAGCAGCAGUAGUGGCGUGGAAGGUGGAAAUUCCGGCGCGUCAGGAAACUCCUCUGUCGUCGCCCAUACUAUUGUUGCCGACAUUGAAACAACUGCCAAAGCCACUCCAGAUCCACUCUCACCAUCCAGAAAUAAGGAGUGGACGAAGUUUGUAGAUUCCCCCACCAGUACUCUUUCAUCACCAGGUUUAAAACCUGUUAAUUUUGACUUCCAAAAGUCAGCUGUUGAGCAGGACCCUAAAAUACUGCACCCUAAGGCUGUGAGAUUAACCCCAGAAUCAAAGAGACUAGAUGUAACCGAAGGUGACGGGCCAGCCUCCUUCAGCCCCGAUCCGGCCUUAACUUCUGCGGACAUUACUUCCACAAUGGCUGCCGGUGAGCUGCAACCCUCGCAACCUGCGGCCUCCUCUGCCCCGGGCCCCACGCAAGCCAGCCCCAAGAAGAACCAGGAGGGCCAGGAGAUCAAGCCCAUCCAGAGACCCUUGCCAAGAAAGCCAGCAGGGUCCGGAGCCGCUGUCAUCCCACCGCCGCCCCAUUCCACAGUAAGCACUCCACCAGAGGACAAUGGAAUGUAUGGUCCUACAAGUUUACCCAUGAUGCCCAGCGCUCCCUUGUCUGGAGGGAAGAAAGAUCCACCUCCCCCGCCACCCCCGAGGCCUGCCCGUACUCACACUCGCUCAUCAUCCCUCGACCUUAAUAAAUUCAAUCGCAGCAGUUUCUUAGGAGCUCCCCCAGCUGUUCCACCACGAGCCUCGCCAGGAGCCAGCUCCCCCAAGAAGUUGAUAUACCAGAAAAGUGAUGGUGACAUGGCAGGAACAGAGACUAGUCAGGGCGAUGAUCCAGCUUUCCCCCUUGAUACCCGACCCACCGUGGAGCACACGAGGGCUUCUGCUUUUGAGGUGUACCGCAAGCCGCACCAAGAACUUGGAUCAGCUUUUGAGCGCGUGUCAGGACCAAGGGGUGAAGAGGAGGAAAGAACUCGGCAUAUGUCAACAGGGGCCAGACCAAAGGAUAAGAGAGAGCUGCAAGCUUCAAUUAGAACAACAACUGAAAAGAAUACUAUACUCACCAGAUUAAAUUCUGAGCUUAAUCAAGAAUUAGCUGAGGUGAUGGAAGAAAGAAUUGCACUCGAAAUGCAGCUGGAACAGAUGAAACCUUUCUCUAGUUAGUCGAGACAUGAGUUAAUGCAUACGGGGAGUUGAUCCAUCAUGGAUCUUUUUCUACAUAGUCAGAGGCCUUGCUGAAGGGCAUUUUUAUCUCUCUGAUUCAGUUUUUUUCUUGGGAAAAAAGUGUUCAUUUAUGUUAUUAUUAUCAUACCUGUUCCUUUUCUCUUCUGUUGAGAUGUUUGUUCAAGAAAUUUUUUCUUUUCAUUUUUUUUUCCUAGUAGAUCUUUAUUUGAUCUGCAUUCCUUAUAAAUAUAUAUAUUUUUCUUUCUCAAUGUACCCUUUCUCUUUAUAUUUAUUACAGAUUUAGUGGAUAUUUCUAUAUAUAUUUUAAGAAUUUUUUAAGUUCAUUAAUGUUAGAUGCAGUAAUUAAUACUCAACUGCAGCUGUAGGAUGGUAUGAAAAAAAGCUUUGGUUGCACUUCGUUUCUGAUCUGGUUGAAUUGAAACUUUUCUUUUGAGGCUUCUUUGUAUAUUUGUGUGGAUAGGUUGCUCUUGUUUGUAUAUUAUGCAUAUUCUUUUUUUUAUUUAUUUAUAUAUUUUUUUGGUGGUGUGUUUCUGUCUAUGAAGAAAAGAAAAACAAACAGUGAGGCUUUUCUGUGAGGAACAAGAACUAAGACAUUUCUGAGUACUGUUAUCUGUUGGAUAUGUAUUUUUUGUUUUGUUUUUCUUUCAUAAAGAAGAGUAGAUAUUGCCAAGAAAGUCAUCCCUGACAGUACUGAAGUGUGUUCGUUAUUUUAUGCAGAAGAAUUUUGGAUAACUCUUGUAUAUGAACAUAGAAGGACAUGACUUGUACAGAACUCUUGCUCUAAAUAUAGUAACUGCCCAUGUUCACUUGGUUAUUAUCUUCUACAUGGCCCAAGCAGUGAUUCUUCCUGAAGCUUUGCUUGUUGUAGAGGAAACGUGAUAUUGAAAUCAAGAAUUUCUGAGAUGUGAGAGCAAAGUUUUACAAAUAGGAUUUCAGAAGACUAGAAGAAUUUGUAAGAUCUGUCAUUCCUCUCAUGUCUUAGAAAGUUUACUGUCAUUCUAAUUAUUGUUACAUUAUACCAUUCACUUAGGCUUAGCCUUUUGAGAUGUUGACAUGCAUGUUAGAUUACUGAAAAGUAACUUUUAGAGGAAGUUGUGUUUUUAUGAUUAUAACUUUUUUUUCUAUUUAUUCAAGUUUUUGUGAUUGAUCUGUUAAGGUUAUUGGAUUUAAUAAGGCUGUGAUAAUCAUUUUGAAAUUAAUGAUAGCUUUCUGUAUCUAGAUGAACAACAACUAGUAUCUGUGAAACUGUUUAGUAGAUGUGAGUGAAUGCUUUGUAGAGGAAGCAUUUUUUUCCAAGAAUUUACUUGUAUCCAUUUAGCAGAGUAGAAACAACAACAAAAAGGAAAAAGGAAAAAAAGGAAUGAAAAAAAUAGAUCCUUUAAAACUGAAUGGAACUCCCGGUAUAGUGUUAGUGAUACUUAUAAUAGUUAUUUUCAUUACUUUUGAAAGUCUAGCUAGAUCUCAGAUUAGUGUUAUUCACUAAGAGUGUGCUUGGACCCCCUCCCCAUUCCAGUAGGUAAUUAGGAGUGAAACCCUUGAUACCAGUACAAUAAUAAUAAAAAAAAAAUAAAUGAGUGUUGAAAAAUGAACAAUC